AUGGUUUACUAUCGUGGAGGAAAACUUGUUGUAGUUCCCUCUUCAAAGGACGAUCAAAUUUCUCUUCCUGCUGGUUUGGAUAAUGCGGUGACACAGUUUGAAACUUAUGAGGACUUUCUGGAUUCUCAGAUAACUGCAACAGAUCUUUUCUACCUGGAGGAUGAAGAAUUGGCGCGACAGCUUGUAGAACUAGGUUACAGAGGGACAGGUGAAACGGUCAAGCGUGAGGAUUUUAACAACCGUAAGAAGGCUUUGGCAGAAGCUAUGCUCGCCAAGGAACAACAAAAAAAUACAUUGGCUUCAUCUGGUCUAAAGAUAUCUUGUCUAUUUAACCAAGCUUUAGCUGUACGUGAACAUCCUAAUCGAACUGGUAAAAUGUCUACUAUUAUUUUUAUACGAGAUAAAAACUCACGUGGUCAAGAGAUAUCUGGUUAUAUCGACUAUGCCCAUCGUUUAAAAACUGAAGAAUUUGUAUUAUAUUUUACAGAUAAGAAAAAACUGCUACCAAGACCUGGAGAUUUAAGUUUCUAUAAUUGGGAAACUCAAAAUGUUGUGGCUACUUCAUCAGCAAAUUAUACUGUCAUAACAGAAAAUGCAAAUGGAUUACUGUUUAAGAAUAAACGUGAUAGAAAAAUUAUAAAUGUUGAUCCAACUGCUGCUUCACCUGGUGACAAUUCAAAGAGGACAAUUAUUGAAACUGAUAAAUAUCUUCAAGUUGUUAUCUACGAUCAUAUAACAAGGAGGAAAUCUUGA